CUGGUCAAGCAGACAGACGCCCCCACUGUUUCUUGUCCUCCUAAGAUACAGCAGGUGGUUGACCAGUAUGCUGAUCUGAUGCAGGAGCCCGUUGGACUACCCAACCGGCCAACCAAGCAUCACAUCGAGUUGCUGCCUGGAGCGGUCCCUCCCAAGGGCCGCAUCUACAGGAUGUCCCCUGCCGAGCUUGAGGAGCUCAGACAGCAGCUUGAGACCCUGACCAGCAAGGGCUGGAUCAGACCCAGCACAUCUGAAUUCGGUGCACCUGUUCUUUUUGUACCCAAAGGGAACGGCGAGUUCAGGAUGUGUAUUGACUACAGGGGUCUCAACAAGAUCACUAGGAAGAGUAUUGAGCCACUUCCUAGGAUCGACGACCUUCUGGACAUGGUGCAGGGCUGCACAGUGUUCAGCAAAGUCGACCUCAAAUCUGGUUACCACCAGAUUGAGAUGGCAGAGGAGGAUGUCUACAAGACAGCCUUCAAGACCAGGUAUGGUACUUACGAGUUCUUGGUCAUGCCAUUUGGACUUUGCAAUGCCCCAGGCAAUUUCCAGACAGAGGUGCACCACAUCUUCAGGCCUUACCUGGAUAAGUUUAUGGUUGUCUACCUAGAUGAUAUCCUGGUAUUCAGCAAAACUGCCAGGGAACAUGCGGAGCACUUGGCUCUAAUCCUUCAGUCAUUACGUGACAGCCAAUACAAGAUCAACAGAGAGAAGUCCUCUUUGGGAGUUCCCUCUGUUAUCUACAUGGGCCACGUAAUCUCUGGAGAUGGUCUGGCUCCUGAAGCAGCCAAGAUUGCUGCUAUUCAGGAGUGGCCUCAGCCUCAGAUAGUGAGGGAUGUGCGGUCCUUCAUGGGCUUGGCCUCCUACUACAGAAAGUUUGUCAGGAACUUUUCUGCAGUGGCUGCACCCCUGACUAACCUAACAAAGAAAGACACUCCCUUCCUUUGGUCCCUGCACUGUCAGCUGGCCUUCACACGACUCAAGAAGGCCUUGACUCGUGCACCUAUCCUGAAGUUACCUGACCCCACCUUGCCGUUCAUCUUGACCACUGACGCCAGUCAGUAUGGCAUUGGGCCAGUACUACAGCAGGAUGACGGGAAUGGUCUACGACCUGUAGAGUUCAUGAGUAAGAAGAUCAAAACUCAAAAGCUCCAGGACUCUACCUACGAGAAGGAGCUAUACGCUCUUGUAUGUGCCCUGAAGCAUUGGAAGCACUUUCUCCUGGGUAGGCACUUCAAGAUCUUUUCAGAUCACUCCACCCUGCAGUGGAUGAAGUCCCAGGGAGAGUUGAAUGACAAGCUGGCACGGUACAUUCAGUUCAUUGACAUGUUUGACUUGGAACUGAAACAUAAGAAGGGCUGCUACAAUAAGGUAGCAGAUGCCCUCUCUCGUAGGCCUGACUCUUUUGCAUUGAUCUCCUCUACUCACUCCUUUGGAGAGGAAACCCGUCAGACCAUUGCUCGUCUGUUGCCUCAGGACGAGACUUUUGGACCCAUUGUCAGGAACCUGCAAGCAGAUCCUAACUCUGAACCAGGCUAUGCUCGAAGUUCAGACCUGCUGUACACUUACAGCAGAGGUGAGGAGCGCUUGUGCAUUCCCCAGGACCAACGACUCAGGACACUACUGAUGUCAGAGUGUCAUGAUGCCCGUGGACAUUUUGGGUUCCUGAAGUCGUAUGCAGCCCUGUCGCAGCACUUCUUUUGGAAGGAGAUGUGGAGUGAGAUGUUGCGCUAUGUGGACACCUGUGAGCUCUGCCAAAGGAAUAAGGUUCAGCGGAAACCUCCUUUGGGAUUACUCAAACCCUUACCCAUACCUGAUGGCCCUGCCCAAUCUGUGUCGAUAGACUUCACAGAUUUAGGCAAGACCACCCCUCGUGGCAUGUGUCAGGUUAUGGUCUGCGUGGACAGGUUCUCCAAAUACGCAGAGUUCAUCCCCUUGCCAGAGGUAGCUAGGGUACCGGCUGUGAGAACAACCUUCUCUGAGAGGUGGGUCACACACCAUGGACCACCCACCUCUACAGUCAGUGAUCGAGACCCCAAAUUUUGCAGUGAUGAGUGGCAGUCCUACUGUAAGGACUACCUACACUCUCGCCUGGACAUGACUUCUGGUCAUCGUCCUGAGGCCAAUUGGUUGGCAGAGGUGAUGAACCAAGUCUUAUUCCAGCUGCUGCGUCCUGUCAUCUCUUCUGAUCAACAGGACUGGGAUCUUCACUUGGCGAGGGCACAACUCAUGUAUAACAUGUCUGUCCACUCCUCGACCGGGUUCAGUCCAUACCGGUUACACUGGGGACGUGAACCACGACAGCCUCUCGAUGACAUCAUCGACAAGGCUAAGCCUGACUUGACCCCAGGCACUGCAGAGUUCGCCAGACGCUAUCGUCUGGAUGUGGAAAGGGCCCGCGCGAACUUGUUCAAGGCCCAAAAGGCCAUGAUUGAACAAGCCAAUCGCCACAGGCGACCUUCCCCCAUCCGCACUGGUGAUCAAGUCUAGGUGGCCAGUUCCAAGCUGUCGAGGGAGGAGGAUAUCUCCCCCAAGCUGUUGCCACGCUACUUGGGUCUGUGGCAGGUCCUAGAUACAGUGGGCACUGAUCCCUUCGGUCCGCCGUAUGUUAUCGACGUCCCGCUGCAUCUACGUA